AGAACGUUGACAGGUUCAAACUUGAAAGGAGUUGGAUCCGAAACCCAAGCACCCCCCCAAAACCCAAGAAGCAACCCUCUCCUUUCUCUCCCUCCUUCCUUUCCAUCGCAUCGCAUCGCAUCGCAUCGCACUAACCACGCUCUCUCUCUCUCUCUCUCUCUCUGCUCCCAACGCUAACUGCAAUGGCUGACGACGAACCCGUUGAUCAAAAGAGAUAUCUCGAAGACUCUUGCAAACCAAAGUGUGUCAAACCAUUACUUGAAUAUCAGGCAUGUAUCAAAAGGAUUGAUGGUGAUGAUUCCGGUCACAAACACUGCACUGGGCAAUAUUUUGAUUACUGGUCAUGUAUUGAUAAAUGUGUUGCGCCAAAGCUAUUCCCCAAACUGAAGUAAUGAGGGAAAUUUUUUCACUUGUUUUAUCAAAUACCUCCGGUUUACAUCAUUCACAAAUAACAAAACUACCCGGAUUUUAUUCCCCUACAGUUAUCAUUGUGUUUAGUGUGAAAUUUUGAGAUCAUGUUGAGCUUAGACUGUGAUUAAUAAGAACAUUAUGCGAAAUUAUUAUACCUUUUAGAUUUUGAAGGAUGUAUUUUGUCUUGAAUUAUUUGUUAAUAAGUAGGGUGUUGAUUGAAGAGCUUAUUGUUGGAUUGAUUUACUGUCCGACACGCACAUUUGAAUAGGAAAAAUUUACCUUGCCCAUCUUUCUUGAGUGA